UGAAAAAAUAUCUUCUCUACCUGUAAUGAGCUUUCGUUCGGUAUCUCGCUUAAUUUCAUUCGGUCGCCACGUCAACGGCACAAUUUUGACCUCACGCAUAAAACCAUUAAACAAUAGAAUACCGAAGCAGAACCCUUCUUUACUAUGCAGAUAUAUAUCGAGCGAAUUGAAGGCGACUCUCGACGGAUCUGUUCAAAAAAAUGAUCUGGUAAUAUUUAUGAAAGGUACGCCAGAAAAACCACAGUGCGGAUUCAGUCGAGCUGUAAUCCAAGUUUUUGAUACACAAG